CGAUUCUCCCAACACUAGUUAACUUACAUAAGGAAAAACAAGUCGCAUGCAAACAACUUCACCGUAAUGUUAGUACCGGCCCUUUUUACGCGUUUUGCUGUAAAUGGCCAAAAUUUGGCCGGUUAUGGGUUUCAGCAGGUGCGUAACAAAUGGGCCGACUGGCGUAUGAUCAAGGACCACAAGCGGCGACAGUGCGUCGUCCAGCAUGCGGAGGACCGGUUGCGGGUAAAUUCGCUAAGGAAAAACACGAUACUUCCGAUUGAGCUGCGGGAAAUCGCCAGCAAAGAAAUCGAUGCCUUCCCACGUGAUUCAUCGCUAGUGCGGGUGCGGGAACGGUGCGCAGUAACCUCGCGUCCGCGGGGUAUCGUUCAUCGGUGGCGAGUGAGCCGUAUCGUCUGGCGGCACAUGGCGGAUUAUAACAAAUUGUCCGGUGUUCAACGUGCGAUGUGGUAGAUAUAGUAGAAACCGACGUAGUCAAUAAACCAACGUUGCGUCC